AUGCCAUGGUGUGUAGAAACGAGACAGCGGGUAUCUAGCAGAGAUGUAAACUGUGAGAAGUAGGUCUUCUAUUGCACACUUUCUAGAGCGCCUAUACUAAGCGCACUCGUUUGGUCAUAAAAUACUAAUAAAGAAAUUAGUAUUACACUAAUACAUAUUUGUAUGCACAGGAACAAUGACCACGGAAACUUGCAUGUAGGCGGCGUCUUGAAACAAAAUAUUGUGAGCGAGCUGUAGGCGGCGUCUUGCCGGCCCCCUUGACGUCAGAGCUGUCAGUAUCCACACAUGGAGCUGCGGAUCAUUUCAGCAUCGCUGGCCGCUUAUCUGCGCUCAGUAUCGCGGUGUGACCGAAGGUAUAGCGUCCGUCUCCGCGUUGAAACCAGUCGGUCCGCUUUUUUAUACAUCUUUCGUUCUCGGGGAUAAUCGCUUCCAGUUACAAAGCAAGUUCAUUGCCAUCCUUCGAUAUUUUUCCCCCUCCCCGUUGAUUUUUUUUUUAAUUUUUCCCCCCGGAAUACAAGGUUGUGCUUCUGUUGAAACGAAUGGAGAAAAUGUCUAGACCUCUCCCAAUAAACCAAACUUUCCUACCUCCAACUCAUGGCGUGCUGAAAUCUCUUCUGGAAAAUCCCAUGAAACUGCCUCUUCACCACGAAGAAGGUUUUGCAAAAGAGAAGGAGAAGGAAAAGAAGUUGGAUGAGGAUGGGAAUGCUCCUCAGUCGGCCUUCUUGGGGCCUACUCUGUGGGACAAGACACUUCCUUAUGAUGGAGACAGCUUUCAGUUGGAAUAUAUGGACCUUGAGGAGUUUCUCUCUGAAAAUGGCAUCCCCUCCAGUCCAUCGCAGCAUGAGCAGAAUCAGCACCAGCAGUCGGCCUUGCAGCAGCAGGCGCCUCCGCCACCGGUGCCGUCGGUGAUGGACCUCAGCAGCCGGGCUACCUCCUGCAUUCACACAGCCAUGGUCCCCCAGACCUGCAUCCACAGUCCCGGCCGAUCAGCCCUGCCCUCCUCUCGCAACACUCCCAGUCCUAUUGACCCGGAGACCAUCCAGGUCCCGGUGGGAUAUGAGCCUGAUCCAGCCGACUUAGCCCUGUCCAGUGUCCCUGGCCAGGAGAUGUUUGACCCACGCAAACGCAAGUUCUCAGAGGAGGAGCUCAAACCCCAGCCGAUGAUUAAAAAAGCACGCAAGGUCUUCAUCCCUGAUGAAAUGAAGCAGGACGACAAAUACUGGGCAAGGCGUAGAAAGAACAACAUGGCGGCCAAAAGGUCACGGGACGCCCGGCGGCUGAAGGAGAACCAGAUCGCCAUCCGGGCCAGCUUCCUGGAGAAGGAGAACUCCGCCCUGCGCCAGGAGGUGGCAGACUUGCGGAAGGAGCUUGGCCGCUGCAAAAACAUUAUUUCCAAAUACGAAGCUCAGCACGGGCCCCUGUAAGAACCCCCCACUCCCACCCACGCCACACCUUGUUCCUCCACCAGUGACACCAUGCCUCCACCCCCCCCCCAUUCCCUGCUCGCUCAAACGUUUUGAAGGACAAUGUUUCCCAUUCAGUAGCACCCCCCCCACCUGACUUAAGGUCACCGCUGAUACCCAUCAGUCAUCAGCACUUUACCAGAAGUAGAAAAGAUAUCUUUAUAUAUAUAGAUAUAUACAUAUAGGUAUAUUUUGUACCCUAUACAUGUAGGGUAUAUACACAAAAUAAUACCUGAGAGAGUGGAAAAAAAUAUAUGUGAAACACUUAUUUUUCCCUUUUUUGGCUGUGUCUACUGCCUGUUUUGGAACCAAGCUGCCCUCCUGUUUCCAUUUCCCCCAAAAUGUUUCUGAAAAUGUUUCAUUCUCAUCUUCUUUCUAGCGAUUCUGUAGAUUUUUCCAGGGCCGAGAACUGUUGUAGCAUUUUAAUUUUUCCGUUUUAUUUUGUUAAUUCCUUAUGGUUUGAGAUUGCUGAUUCAUAAGCGAUUGUCCUGUCCACUUCCCUGUGCUCUUUAUUUUCGGUUGUAAUUAAUUGGAACAGUUUAGCUGUUAUUAACAAACUGUUUUGUCUGAUCCAUAAGCAUUAAUGUAUAUUGUCUCUGUGUAUGUAUGUAACAUGGUUUUACAAAUAUUAUAAAUGCAAAUGUUUCUUUUCUCGGUAACUACAGUAUAUUAUUUUGAGAUUGUUGCUGUCAAUAUAAUUAUAUUUUAGUUGAUGGUGAUCAUUUAUCUAUUGUCUGCAUUGCUUUGCAAGUGCUAUGUGAUACAGUACCACUAGCUACAUGACAUCCCGAUAUUUGUUUGCUUUUUUUGUCACUUCAGACUAAAGGAUGUGCUUUUAAACUGCCUCACAACUAGGUCAUGGGGUUACUUUGAAGUGGAACAUCUAGUGUUUUCUGGCAUUUUCAAAACCUGACGCAAUAAUGCUAUUUACAAAGAAAUGCUGUCUGGUUGUGAGUUUUAGAUGUGAAUACAACAACUCCCAUUUUCCUCUCCGUCGCAACUUUAUUUUCCUUAUGGAAAGCCGUGAAAUUUUUUUUUUUUUCUCUCCCUUUCUUUUCAGGAUCAUGCUUAAAGGUUAACAUGGUGUUUCUAACCUGGUUUGACAAUCUUUGCAUUGUAUUUCAGUUGAGUCAUAAUACAGGAAGCUUUCUCCAGCAGUCCUUUAUACUUGUGUGUUUUACAACCUGAUCUGGUGCAGUGUUUCUACUGUGUUUCAAUCUUAUCUGCCUGAUUUUUAUGAACGUUUUGCAUUAAAUUUCAGUCUUAUUAUUGUUGUUAAAAUAAACCAUUUAGCAUGAUUUCUGUUUAUAUUCACAGAUCUCCAGUGAAGCAAAAUCAUUUUGAUAACCAGUUGAGAUUUUUCCUGAGCAUGAUUAACUUUUUUUGUCAAAAUUUGGACAAUUUUGUAGCUAUGUGUUUACCUUAUUCUAGACUGGCUGUAAGAUGAAUGUAAAAGAUGUAUAAAAAUAAGGUUGACGGUGUUGUCAUAUACUGUGGUUAACCCAAUCAAUUUAUUAUUAAUGUUUACUACACACCAAAAGACACAAAUAUAUAUUGACUAAAAGUUUAAAUGUUUAUAUGAAGUUGUUCUAUAAGCUGUUUUGUACAGUAUUUUGCUAUACAAAUACUAACUAUGUAUUUUACAAGGCACAAUAAAACAAUAAGACUAUUCUUAAUCUGUAAUGUAUACUCACAGAUACAUGCACAAAGAGGGGGCUGCUUGUUGUUAAGUAAAGUCAUACAUUACUGUUAUUUGUGAAUAGUGCCCCAGCAGUUUGCAGGGCCUCUGAGUGGGCAUUAUUGUGAAUAAUUUUCUUUUUUGUAUAAUAUGGUUAAAGACACUAUUUUAAAAAGGUUUUGUUGCCUCCCUGACCCAUACUCCUGUUGACAUUUUCUAGAAAUAUCAUUCUGGAAAUCCCAGUCUCAGUGAUAGAAAGUCUUAUAUAAAUCUGGGAGUGUAAAUGUAUAGAGAGACAUCCUGCAGUUUUGGGGAUGAGGGCCACAGAUGUCUGUGAAUGGGUGCUGCCUUAUACUUUGUCCACUGAAAGGUGACAAAAAUUUUCCAAGUUGUUCCUUUGUGCAACUGCUGGCUGUUAUUGGUUUUGGACUUAUUUGCGCUCUUUGAUGCGGAAGCUGAAAUUCUGCCCACAGCAUUUUUCUUUUCCAUUUUUUGAAAUAUUUUACAUUAUCGGUGGCACUCAAGCUUUUAUGGUUCAGGUAAAGGCAUAAAAGGGUUGUUCUGAUAAUGCUGUAAACGACAUUGAAUUCUACUUAUAACUUGGGUUAUGAAUUAACUUGGCAAAGAAUGUAAGAAUGAUUAUUUCAUAAUACAAAAAGAAAUCUAUUUGGAGUUGGACGUAAUGGCAAUGGGGCUGUAUUCAAGUUUGAAAGCUUCAGGAUAUAACAAGGAUAUUGUAAAUACAUUUAUUGGCAAAACAGCUUAAAUGUCUAAAUGUUCCUUUGUGGGCUUAGAAUUAUUUGGCAGUUUUAUUCACAUUUUUGAUGGAAUUGAAUUUAUUGCUGUCACUCAGUUUCAGUUUUUUUUUCUGCUUGUAUGAGUCUAGCUGGAGUAUAUGAUGAAUAACUUUGCAUCUGAGAUUUGCAUCCAAAUGUGAAUGCCUUCUUUAAUGAGUUGUUCUCAUCAGUUCUGCAACUAGCAUUUAAUGAUCUUGUUUCGGUUAAGCUUUCAAGUUGUGUAUUUCUUGCAACCUAAUCAGCAGGAAACUAUCCUCUGAAGGGGGAUCCAAGUGUCACUCUAUGAAGUGAAAAACAAACAAAAAGCAAACAUAGGAAUAAGCCAGAAUUAGUUAUAAUUGCCCCGCCCUAUAUUUAUAUCACUACCUCAUAUAAAGGAAAUAAUUACAAUUCUGAGUCUAUUCAAGUGCCUUGAAUACAUCAUAACUGUUCCUCAGUCGCUGAACAGUGUCUGAACAAGAACCUAACAACCAAUGCAAGCUUGAGUCUUCACAACACCACUUGGAAAGGCUCAGAACUGCACUGAAGGGCUGUCCAGUCCAUCAAUCUCCAAUUGAUUUGAUUUGUUCAUUAUUAUUAUUAUUAUUGUUUUGCUGUACUUGGAUGAAUACCAUUGUAUUUCUGGCAACACCAACAGGUUGUUUUACUGAGGGUACAUAAAUAUAGGUAAAGGACAAUUUUAUCUUGUAAGUCAUAGAAUGGAUGCAUAUACUGUUCAGCCCGAGCCCUGUGUUUCUGUAUGUAAUUCUUAGUGUUUAAUAAAGUCUUUAAUAUUUCUUCUCUCA